CGAAGGUAGCGGGUCUCAAAACCGAGGAGCCUUUUCCUUGGCAAUUGAAGACAUGGAUCUGCACGAAUUCAAAUUUCAAGAUCUUCUUGGGGAAGGUCGCUCUGGGCGUGUGUUUCGUGCGGACUGGCGAGGAGAGUCAGUAGCGAUAAAGAUAUGCGACUUGUAUCAGCACCCGGAGUACGAGGAGGAGAUGCUCACGGAGGUGGCUGCAUACAAAGCCCUGGAGGGUCUUCAAGGAGACUCUAUUCCUCGGUUCAAGAUCGGUGGAUACUACGGUGGUAUGUUCAGCAUUGUUACGGAGGUCGCUGGCUCCCCAUUGGAGGUAGGCAAGCUAAGCCAGGAGGAGCGCUGGAAGAUCGUUGACAAGCUGUCGCUCAUCCACAUGCACGGCGUCUUGCAUAACGAUAUUCGACCGGAAAACAUCCUUGUUCGCCACGACGAUAACGGAAUUCAGGUCCGUUUUAUCGACUUUGCAUGGUCAAAGCGAACCAGCGACCAGCGUGAGCUCAAGAAGGAGAUCAUCAAAUUGAAAAUGCUACUUGAUCUUUUGACAGGAGAACCAUCUCCUCUCUAAAAAUGUCCAAAGUUACUGCAAGGGAUAGUGGAAGUCAUCAGCCAUGCCUGCGGGUGUUGCUGCUGUUCGGCGUUUUGGCUAGUCAAAUAAAACUCAAAGGUUU